AGAUGAUUCGCACUACCAGGGAGCGCAGCCGCCUGUCAACACUUACGGGCUACGACACACACAAAACCCUCACACACACUCAUAAACACGUCUGCGUCAUGCGUCCUGACAGCGACGGCACGAACGCGGCAACUCCGAUGGACCCCGGUAAAACGCACAGCAGCAGCAGUCUGAGGGGCUGACUGUGCCCUGCUUAUCUGUCCAGCUGCGUGUCCCCCGCUGCUCUGGGAAAGCUGCGCUCUGAGUGUGGUGGCAUUAUGGAUUUUAUAACAACAAGCAGCAGCAAUGACAGCAACGCGACCAAUGGUUACCCUGACGGGAUGGACGUGGUUGCCGACUGGGGUGAGGGUGCCAAUGGCACAGGGUCUGGGUCUCUACCAGAUCUGAAUCUGAGUUACCAGAUAAUCACAUCUCUGCUCCUGGGGGCCCUCAUCCUCUGCUCCAUAUUUGGCAAUGCGUGCGUCGUGGCAGCCAUCGCCCUGGAGAGAUCUCUCCAGAAUGUAGCUAACUAUCUGAUCGGAUCACUGGCCGUGACAGACCUCAUGGUAUCGGUGCUGGUCUUGCCAAUGGCGGCCCUCUACCAGGUUUUGAAUAAGUGGACACUGGGACAGGAGAUCUGUGAUAUAUUCAUCUCUUUGGAUGUACUGUGUUGCACAUCAUCCAUCCUGCAUCUGUGCGCAAUUGCCUUGGACAGGUACUGGGCCAUAACAGACCCCAUUGACUAUGUAAAUAAACGGACACCAAGGCGAGCUGCGAUCUUGAUUAGUGUGACUUGGCUAAUUGGCUUCUCCAUCUCUAUUCCGCCUAUGUUAGGCUGGAGAAGCGCGGAAGACAGGGCGAAUCCCGACGCCUGCAUCAUCAGCCAGGACCCGGGCUACACCAUUUACUCCACAUUUGGGGCUUUUUACAUCCCCCUUAUUCUCAUGUUGGUCCUGUACGGACGAAUAUUCAAGGCUGCUCGGUUUCGGAUUCGAAAGACAGUCAAGAAAACCGAGACAUCAAAAGUGUCAGACAAGUGCUUGACUGUGUCUCCGGCCAUCUUCCACAAAAAAAACAACGGGGAGGCCGGGGGCAAAGAGUGGAAGCGCUGCGACGAGUCUAAACCAAGCUCUCCGUGCGUAAACGGCGCGGUGAAGCACGGAGAAGAGGGUGAGUCACUUGAGAUCAUAGAAGUUAUCAGCAACUCAAAGACGCACUUGCCUUUGCCCAACACCCCUCAGUCGUCCUCGCAUGGCUACGAAAAUAUGAAUGAAAAGAAUUCGGGGGCGAAGAGAAAGAUCGCGCUGGCCAGGGAACGCAAAACGGUGAAAACACUGGGCAUCAUCAUGGGAACUUUCAUCUUCUGCUGGCUGCCCUUUUUCAUCGUCGCGCUGGUGCUGCCUUUCUGUGCAGAGAGCUGCUACAUGCCCGACUUGCUGGGCGCAGUCAUAAACUGGCUUGGCUACUCCAACUCUCUCCUCAACCCCAUCAUAUAUGCCUAUUUCAACAAAGACUUCCAAAGUGCUUUCAAGAAGAUCAUAAGAUGCAAAUUCCACAGGCCCUAGCCACGCUCAGUGAAGACAUUUUACUUAAACGUGGAGUCAUUAAACGUGCAGCAGAAAAUGUUCACUGACUGUAUGGAACAGCAAAAAACAACAUACAGACUUUUUUUUUUCAGGGACAGUCUCUUUUCGGUGUGUUAGAGGACCGUGUAAAAAGAAAAUCUGGCUGCAGAUGAAAUGAGACAAGGCAGAAACUUUUGCUCUUAAUGUACAAGCUCAUGUUUAUUCAGUGUUGUAGCUACAGUAUAUAGCCUAUAUGCGACGGCAGCCAUCGUUAUAUUGACAUGCAAGUCGUAUCUUGUGCUGAUUUCCAUGCAUUUUAUCAUGAGACACGCGGGGUUUCUGUCCUACGUCACGAGCUUUGUAGCACUGAAACAAUAAAAAAAAGCAAAG